AUGUGGCAUUUCAGGCUCUGGGAUGUACAAGAUGUUGCUGUGUUUGUCAGCAUCACAUUAUAUAUGUGUCACCUGGCUGGAGCCAUCUCCAUUCAUUCUCCCCAGAGGAGCCUGACCAGGUCAGUGCAGGAGGAUGUGUUUUUCACAGUGGACUUUUCCUGCAUUGGGAUCCCCACCAUACAAUGGACCUUUAUGUCAGGAGCGGUGAGCCGCACCAUAGGGACUUGGCAGCCGGGGGUGUACACUAACAUAACGGUGGAUUACAGCAGCAGAGUGCAGACCUUCAACAAUGGCUCAAUGGGCCUGUCAGACCUGCGUCUGCAGGAUGCUGGAUACUACGUGGUCACUGUCACAGAAACAGCAGGAAGCAGCAAGGACAGCGGCUUUGUCCUGAAAGUGAACGAGGUGCUGUAUGAGGAUCUUCAGUACCUGUCUGUCUCUGCCUUAGCACUGGCCUGUUUGGCCAGCCUUCUCAUGCUGGCCAUGUGGCUACUAGACAAGGCCUACAGGAAGAUAGUGGCAUGGAGACGCAGGAAACAGAUGCCAGAAAAUGAUGCAACAGAGCUGCAGCCUCUUUGACGGACGUCUUGCUGUGCUUCGUACCUGCCAGG